ACAAAACGCCCGACCGGGCGUUUGAAGCCUCAUCGCGAUUUACCCAGAUCGCCCGACCGGGCAUAUUCCGACUUACAGAUCGCCCGACCGGGCGAUUUGUCGCUGUUGCCAACUUUGCCUCUUUCUUACUCCGGAUAUAAAAGGGUUCUCACUCAUUUCCAAACCCUAACUCCCACACCACGAAUCUUAGCAAGAAAGUAAGGUUUUGAGAGGAUUUGAAGUCAAGGAGCUUCCCAUUUCCAAGAGAUUGGAGGAAGGAGACCCCCCACCAUCAAUUCCACCAUAGGGAGUUCUAGUUUUUAUGCUCACGCGCUCAAGUCGUUUACCCCUUGAGCCGAUUAAUUUAGAGAUAGAAGCCGCCAAUAGAAGAAGAGGAGGACGAAGGAGAAGAGCAAGAGCUCAACAUCAAGUUGAGCCAAUGGAAAAUCCACAUGGGAACAAUGAGGGAAUUCCCCCUCCACCUCCACCUCCAUUAAAUCAAGACCAAAUCAUUCUCCAACUACAACAAGAAAUGGCGGAGAUGAGAAGGGAAAGAGAGGAGGAAAGGAGGCGAGAGGCUCCGGUUAGAGACGCAUUUGGGAACGUCAAUAUCCCACAUCCACCCUAUGAUACAAGGGUGAAUGCCAACAAUUUUGAGUUGAAGACAGGAUUGAUUCAAUUUAUGGAGCAACGUGUUUUCUCGGGAAGGCCCACGGAGGAUCCUAAUAGGCACUUAUCUAAAUUCUUAGAGAUUGCCAAUACAACUAAGCUUAAUGGGGUUCCCGACGAUACAAUCAAACUUAGGCUAUUUCCAUUCUCAUUGUCGGGAUAUGCUAGAGAUUGGUUUGAUAACCUUGAGCCGGGCUCGGUUACAAGUUGGGACGACUUAGCCCAAAAGUUUUUGGAUCGAUUCUUCCCUCUAAGCUCCACUCUCAACCUCCAAGCAGAGAUCUCCCACUUUAAAAUGAAGGGCCAAGAGUCUAUGUUCGAGGCUUGGGAGAGAUUCAACGCCUUGCUAAAGAAAUGCCCCAACCAUGGGUUAUCUCCGGGCCAUCAAGUGAGCCUCUUCUACAAUGGAUGCUCGGAGUUUAUCAAGAGUCAAUUAGACUUUGGUUCGGGGGGUUCAUUCUUGGACAAGGGGGUCGAGGAGUGCAAGAAGAUGCUUCAAAGGCUUGCCUAUACUAGCAAGGGUUGGAGCUCGGGCCGAGAUAGUUCAAUGCCGGUGGCAUCGGUUGUGGAUUCGGAUGCAUUCAAUCUUCUCAACCAACAAAUGAUGUUGUUGAAUCAAAAGGUGGAUGGCCUUAGUUUGGGAGUGGCACCUAUGGGAGAGCCUUUACAUACCGUGGAAGAUGUCAAUUAUGUGCAUCAAGGAGGGAAUCAAAGGAACUUCUACAACUAUCGCCCUAACAAUGGGGGUGGUAAUUACCAAGGCUAUCGCUCACCCUUCAAUGCACAUCCAAACCUUUCUUAUGGCAAUCCAAACAAUGCUAUCCAACCACCUCCACCACCUCGUUUCCCUACACCUAGUGGGUCGACAAGUGGGGCCGCUAAUGUGCCCACCAAUUCUAAACCUUCAAGUGAUGAUGUCACCCAUGAGCUUCUAAAAGCUCUAAUGGAGAAGACCGAUGGAAUCAUGACACAAUCUACUAAGAGAAUUGAUAAGGUUGAGACGGCGGUAGUGGAGGUCACCACGAGAAUGGGGGCUUUGGAGCAUCAAAUGAGUCAAAUUGCCCAAGCCGUGGGCCAACUUCAUCAACCGGGGCAAUUCCCAAGCAACACCAUUCCUAACCCAAAGGAUUGCAAGGCUAUCAAUUUGAGGAGUGGAACAAGCUAUAAGAGCCCCCCUAUGCCCGAAAAGGAAGCUAUUGUGCAACCCGAAGAAGAAGAGACAAUAGAAGUGGAGGCAUCAACGAAGAGCCCACCAAAAGAUCAAGCCGAGACAAUAGUUCCUCCUAAGCCCACGGAAGUUAAACUUCCUUUCCCUCAAAUGAUGCAAAAGAAAAAGAAGGAUGAACAAUUUUCAAGAUUUUUGGAUAUCUUUAGGAAAGUUCAAAUUAACAUCCCUCUUGUUGAAGCACUUCAACAAAUGCCAAGUUAUGCAAAGUUCCUCAAGGAUGUGGUAUCACAAAAAAGGAAAUGGGGGCACUAUGAGACGGUCAACUUGACGGAGAGUUGCAGUGCAAUUAUUCAAAGGAAGUUGCCGGCCAAAAUGCAAGAUCCGGGAAGCUUCACUAUUGAGUGCACUAUUGGAAAUUGCUUUGUGGGGAAUGCCUUGUGCGAUCUAGGGGCUAGCAUUAAUCUUAUGCCAUUGUCCUUCUUCAACAAGUUGAAUAUUGGUAAAUUGAGAUCGACUAGCAUUACUUUGCAAAUGGCGGAUAGAUCGGUGGCAUAUCCCUCGGGCAUAGCAGAAGAUAUAUUGGUGAGGGUGAAUGAGUUCAUAUUCCCCGUUGACUUCGUGGUGUUGGACAUGGAAGAGGAUAGAAUUGUACCUCUUAUUUUGGGAAGACCGUUCCUUGCCACCGGGAAGGCCAUGAUCGAUGUUUCAAAAGGGGAACUUACACUUCGCCUCAAUGAUGAGAGCGUGACAUUUUCGAUAUAUGAGGCCUUAAAGAGGCAUGAUGCGGAACCGGGAGGAAGCCUACAACAUUGCAAUGUUGUGACCGUGAUGGAUGAGUGUGUUGGAGGAGUGGCACCGACCUCUUACUUGGAUGAUCAAUUAGAGAGAUGCAUUUCUCAUUCCAUGUAUUCUUCUCAUUCUUUUGAUGUUUUGGAUGCUAACCCCGAGUUGUUGGAAUUUGUAGGUGCUUUGGACUCGGCUAAAGAAAUCCCUAGAUCACUUCGUCCACAAUUUCUACCUCUUAGGAGUGGAAGUGAAGAUAGCAAUAAAGAUGGGGAAAACAAGAAGCUUGAGUUGAAGCCACUUCCACUACACUUGCGAUAUGCCUUUCUUGGAGGGAAUGACACUUUUCCGGUAAUUGUAUCAUCUUCUCUCUCUAGUUUCGAGUUGGAUAAAUUGUUGAGAGUUCUUAGGAAGCAUAAGAGAGCCAUUGGGUGGUCCAUAUCGGAUAUUAAGGGAAUAAGCCCAACCGUUUGCAUGCAUAGAAUUCAUUUAGACGAGGGGUAUAAGCCUAAGGUACAAAACCAAAGGCGACUAAACCCUAUUAUGCAAGAUGUGGUUAGAAAAGAAGUGUUGAAAUGGUUAGAUGCCGGUAUGAUAUAUGCUAUAUCCGACAGUGAGUGGGUGAGUCCUACUCAAGUGGUGUCUAAAAAGGGGGGCACCACUGUGGUGAAAGGGAAAAAUGAUGAGUUGAUAGCUACUAGAGUGGUGUCCGGGUGGAGAGUUUGCAUUGAUUAUCGCGCUUUAAAAGGGUUCUCACUCAUUUCCAACUUUGCCUCUUUCUUACUCCGGAUAUAA